UCUUGCACAAUUUUUAAUACUUUUCAGACAGCGAGACUUUGAGUGUACUUCACUAUGAUCAUUUAACCUCAAUUUAACAACCUUUUUAUAUCAAUUUACUCUCAAUAUUUCUUUCACAAAUUCUGGUUUGGUUAGGGUUUUUUUUGUAAUUGUAAUGGACUCAGAUCUCCACCGUAAACACCACCACUACCACCACAACAACCACCACCAGCCGCCGCAACCAACCGGGUUGACCCGGUACCGAUCCGCACCGAGUUCCUACUUCUCCGAUUUGAUCAACAACGGCCUGUUUGGUGACGACGAUAACGACCCGUUUUUCAACUCUAGGGUUUCAAAUACUGAAACUGAAAAGAGUUUGAUGAAAUUCAUGUCCUCCUUCUCCGCUGCCGCCGCUGGUUCCGGUGCCGGUGGUGGUGAUUCCGCUGCUGCUGGUGGUUCCGGUUCCAGUGCUGGUGGUGGUUCAACGGCUCAGCAGAUUAUGAAUCAGAUUGGGGGUUUUGAACCGCAGUUUGUGGAUAAUGUAAAGCAGGAACCGACGGUUUAUCAAAAUCAUAAUCAGAAUCAGAAUCAGUUUCAGUCUCAAUCGGAUUAUAAUAACCAGCCGGUUUCGAAUUCUACCGGUAGCUCUACAAUUGAGGACUCUAUGGAUCUUCCCGGUAGUCUUCUCCGGCAGAAUAGCUCACCGGCCGGUUUUGUGGACCAUGGUUAUCCUUUGAUGAGAUCGAUGGAUGAUUUUCGAGCUAGUAGGGGUAAUGUUCCGAGUUCAAUGAUGACAUCAGCUAAGAGGAUGAAAAACGAGAUGGGGUAUUCGUCAGGUUCGCAGUUAUCUUCUGGUAUGCUGCCUCGAAUCCCUGAAAACGAGUCCAAAGUUAUGGAAAUGAAAAGCGUGCGUAAUGAUGGAGGUUUUGGUUCGAAUUCUUGGGAUGAGUCGGAUAUUUUGUCUGAUAGUUUCUUGAAAGAAUUUGGAGAAGUUGAUCAGAAUAGCUUAUCAAGUCUUAAUUCGUCGGAUAAUCAGCGUAAUGACGUGGGGAGAAUUCGUGCUCCGACUACGCUUGUUCAUCACUUGAGUUUGCCUGCAAGUACCGCUGAAUUGGAUAAAUUGUUGCAGUUUCCAGAUUCUGUGCCUUUAAAGAGCCGAGCAAAAAGGGGUUGCGCGACCCACCCAAGAAGCAUCUCGCCGAGAGGUGAGAGAGGGCGUAGCCCUGGGAUCACUUCGGUGAUUGUUUAUCUUCGAUUUUUAACUAUGGUAAGACGAACCCGAAUAAGCGAAAGAAUGAGGAAGCUACAAGAUCUUGUCCCAAAUAUGGACAAGCAAACAAACACAGCGGAUAUGCUGGAUUUGGCUGUUGACUAUAUAAAAGAACUUCAGAAAGAAGCUGAGGCGCUUUCGGACCAUCAUGCGAAAUGUACAUGCGCACAUAAACAGAAGGUGUAACACAAGUUUAAGCAUAUAGGUAAUGUCUUGCUUCUGUAAAUGAGAGUCGUUGUUAUCGGGUAAUUAGAAAUAAUACUAUGCACCUGUAUUGGUGUGUAUAAAUCUGGGAAUAAGAAAACUCCAUUGUUGUUGUAACUAUAUGCUUUAAUUACCAUAAUUGUAUUAUAUUAUCUUGAUAAUGUGAUGCAAUUAACCAA